AUGGCUACGAGACUAACACUGCAGGAGGCGCGAGCUGGCACGAUCGCGAGCCUGACAGCCAAUGCAAAAGACGUUCUUACUAUGGACCUCUCCACYGCGGUGGAGACUAGAGAACUACUCCGAACGACUUGGACAAAAUUCGAUGCUGAACAUGACMGAAUAGUGUCAUCGUCUCGUGAAACAGUAAUGGAGCAGCCGUAUUUUAAGAACAAUCGCUAUGACGCUACUAUGCAAAUAUAUUUAGCCGGAAUUACGCUGCUAAAUCAACGCAUAGAAGAGCUCUCUCGGCAGGCAUCGCAAGCAAUGCCUCAGCCGCAAUUUCGUCCGCGGUCGGUACUGCCGAAUAUCUCGUUGCCCAAGUUCUCCGGGGCCUUCUCAGAAUGGAGACCUUUCGAGGAAUUAUUGUCCUCCAUGGUCAAAGACAAUCCGGACCUCUCACAGGUUAAGAAAAUGCAUUACUUAAGGACCAGCCUAGAGGGAGAGGCAGCCAAGGUGGUGGCAAACCUGAAACUAUCUGCCGAUUCUUUUACUAUAGCAUGGAAUAGAUUGUCAGACAGAUUCGACAACAAACGCCUAUUAAUCCUGGCUCAUCUCGAUAGGCUGAUGGCCCUUCCUCGCAACAAGAAAAGGUCAUCUGGAUCCCUCAUCAAAUUAAUCAAUAUAGUGACGUCAUCUCUCAGUGCUCUAGCAACAUUAGGAUGCCUGACUGACCAAUGGGAUCACAUUAUCGUUCAUCAGGAGGGAUUAGCACUGCACGACAAGACUCGCGAAGACUGGGGAACCAGGCUAGGAACAUCAAGCUAA